AUGCCAGCGAGGACGUUCAUGACGAUGACAACGGGGCCGAUCAGGAUGGAAAGGGUUCAAACAGCAUAUGGAACCACACAGGGGACCAUACGGACGUCAAGUUCAUUACCGACGGGGAUGAAGGGGGUCAGAGGGUUCAAGACGAGUUCGAGGAGAGAAUUGGCGGGUGCUUCCAUGGCGUUCGGGGCGAUGGCUUUGUUAAAGUCUUCAGCAGCUAUCACUUGCAUAGCCGGUGUAUCCCGUUUGCUCCUCACCCUCCUCCCUUUCGCCGCCAUGAAGACCGUCCGGAUGAAGUUCAAUCGAAAAUGGCACGCAGCGCACUUCGCCCGCUUGCAAACACCUCCCCAUAUCGCCGAAUUCUACGAGAGGGAGUUGUCCCACGAAUCGCCCGUGGAGCCGGAUUGUCGGAGUUGGAGAGAGAUGGAAUCGCCAGAGAUCAAGAGGAUCAGGGAUGAUUGUCCAUUUUCAUUCAAGGAGGUCUUGAAGCGGAUGGUAAAGAGCAAGACGACGUUAAAGGCGGGGAGGUGGCCACCUUGGGGUAGAGAACAGAUGGUGCCGGCAAGCGAACAGGAGCUGGACACGAAAGAGUUCAAGACGAGCGCUUCGAGGACGGAGAUCUGGAACGAGGUCAUUGCGUGGACGAUCAACCUCUCUAGGGAACGGACCGGGUUGAGCAAGACGUCCGAGACGAUCGACGUGGGCCAUAAACCGUGGAAGAAAUGGACCGUGUUUUACCUCCCUCAACCUUCUCCCGGAGCCAUGAAGCAGAUCCAAGAGCUCUCGUUGGGCGACAGGGAAAAGCUGUACGAGCUCAGGAGAUGGUUCGCCAAGGAGAAAAUGUUUGUCAGUCAUCUUCGACGGGGGAAAUGGAUCAUCUGGACCUUGAUCUGGCUGCCGGUCAUCAUGUUCGGCGUGGUCGCCGCGUUCAGCCUCGAACGGGUGCCCUUUACGGGAAGGUUCAGGUUGAUCAUGUUAUCCCCGGAAGAAGAGGAAGGGUUGACCGACAAGCUCAGGGGCCCGGGAUGGUACAAGACGGUGUUGAGCAUGUUUACAACGGCGGAGAGCCCGGCCCCUCCGGUCGUACCCAUGGCAGAUUGGAGGUGGAAUUGGGUCAACGGCGUGAUGAGGCGGUUGGAAAGAGGGAUCGAAGAGCAUUGUCGGGCGGAAAAGGAAGGGAGGGACAUCUUCUCGUCACAAGCGUUUACUGGAAUGGGUCCGAAGUCGGUUGGGGGGCUCUUGCCACCCCCGCCUCCGGACCACCCAUUACAUCCGCGAUCGAGAGGAUCGGCCGUGCUGCACGGUGCUCUCGAGGGGAAAGAAGCCGAUCAUCACAUCGCCGUCGGGCCACCUUAUGCACUCCUGUUGCUUGACAACGAGGAGAGGAACGCCAUGAGUUAUGGUUUCGGGGAAGGAGGAAGCGGAGGCGUGGUGGUCUACACCGGGAUCCUGGACGAGAUCUUGAGCUCGAAUCAGCAGGAAAAAGAGGUCAAGCCGGUAGACGAUAAGACGAGCAUGGUAUCGACGUCCAAGCCCGCGAGUGGCAUCUGGGAAUUCCUUUUCGGAAGAUCGUCUUCCGGGUCACACCUUUCCGACCCGUCGAGAAACUACGGGACCACACCCUACCCACCCGAACCCACGGAAGAACAGACCUUGCAGCUCGCCCUCGUACUGGCGCACGAGCUGUCCCAUCUGGUCCUCAGCCAUCAUCUGGAAAGUCUAAGUUGGAGCGAGAUUGUGAUACCGGGAGCGACUGGGUUGGGAAGCGAUCUGAUCAGGACCAUCCUUUACCCCAUCACCAUUUUCUUGGGACCGUUCGUUAACGAUGCGAUCAACGAUAUCACCAAGAAAAAGGCCGAGGAGACGACGGCGUAUUCGGACAUUCACUUCUCGGUCAAGCAGGAGCGGGAGGCCGACGUAGUCAGCUUGAGAAUCCUGGCCUAUGCCGGUUUCGACCCCAAAAACGCCGUCCAAUACUGGUCCGACGUGCCUCAACCGGCUUGCACGAAUACGAAAUCGGCCAUCGAACACUUGCCGUUUCAGUUCCUCCGGGGGACCGUACACGACGAAAAGAAGCAGAGGUUACAGAGGUUGUUGGAUGAGCUAGAAAGGUGGAGACGGUACGCGGACGCCAAGCGGGAGGAAAAGUAG